UCCGCCAUGGCCGCGAACUGCGCGGGGGCCGCGGGGACGGCGGCGGGAGCCGUGGCCGCGGUGGGAUCGGCCCUCAGCGCCAGCAAAACCAAGACCAAGAAGAAACACUUCGUGUGCCAGAAGGUGAAGCUGUUCCGGGCCUCGGAGCCGCUGCUCAGCGUCCUUAUGUGGGGGGCGAACCACACGAUCAACGAGCUCAGCAAUGUCCCCGUCCCUGUCAUGUUAAUGCCCGAUGACUUUAAAGCCUACAGCAAGAUCAAGGUGGACAAUCAUCUAUUCAACAAGGAGAACCUGCCCAGCCGUUUCAAGUUCAAGGAGUACUGUCCCCUGGUGUUCCGCAACCUGCGCGAGAGAUUCGGCAUCGACGACCAGGACUACCAGAACUCGGUGACCCGCAGCGCCCCGGUGAACAGCGACAGCCAGGGCCGCUGCGGCGCGCGAUUCCUCACCACCUACGACAGGAGAUUCGUCAUCAAGGCCGUGUCCAGUGAGGAUGUGGCAGAGAUGCACAACAUCCUCAAGAAAUACCACCAGUUCAUCGUGGAGUGCCACGGGAACACGCUGCUGCCGCAGUUCCUGGGCAUGUACCGCCUCACGGUGGACGGGGUGGAGACCUACAUGGUGGUGACCAGGAACGUCUUCAGCCACCGGCUCACCGUGCACAGGAAGUACGACCUGAAGGGCUCAACAGUAUCCAGGGAAGCAAGUGAUAAAGAGAAGGCCAAGGAUCUCCCAACCUUCAAGGACAACGACUUCCUGAACGAGGGCCAGAAGCUGCACGUUGGAGAAGAGAGCAAAAAGAAUUUCCUUGAGAAGCUGAAGAGGGACGUGGAGUUCCUAGCCCAGCUGAAGAUCAUGGAUUACAGCCUGCUCGUGGGCAUCCACGACGUGGACAGGGCCGAGCAGGAGGAGAUGGAGGUGGAGGAGAGGGCAGAGGAUGAGGAGUGUGAGAACGACGGGCUGGGGGGGAACCCCAUCUCCUCCUACGGGACCCCCCCCGACAGCCCCGGCAACCUCCUCAACUACCCGCGCUUCUUCGGGCCCGGGGAGUUCGACCCCUCCGUGGAUGUGUACGCCAUGAAGAGCCACGAGAGUGCCCCCAGGAAGGAAGUUUAUUUCAUGGCCAUCAUCGACAUCCUCACGCCCUACGACACCAAGAAGAAAGCGGCGCACGCUGCCAAGACAGUGAAACACGGGGCGGGCGCCGAGAUCUCCACGGUGAACCCCGAGCAGUACUCGAAGCGUUUCAACGACUUCAUCUCCAACAUCCUGACAUAGUGCAGCUGAGCCUGCCCCAGGGGGGGCUGCUGUCACCCCAGGGGGGGCUGCUGUCACCCCAGGGGGGACUCCUGUCACCCCAGGGGGCUCCUGUCACCCCUGCCACCCUGCCCUGGCAGCUGCAGGACACGGCGCCUGUGACAAACCCGUGCUGAUCCUCGGCGCCCCAGGGAGGUUUUGCUGUUCCAGAAGUGCCCACACUGCACCUCUGAGGGCUUUUCCCAGCAGCACUGGGACCUUCUGUGACAUUCUGUGACAUUCUGUGACAUUCUGUGACAUUCUGUGACACGUGGCACUGUCCCCAAGGGUUCAGUGGAGCGGUGCCUGAUUCACAAACCACUCCUUGGUUUUUUAUUUUAUUUUAUUUUAUUUUAUUUUAUUUUAAAUUUUUUUUUUGUGCUGUUGGUGGUGUUGUUUUAUUGGACUGGCUUUGUCAGAAAAGACAAACAAACCCCUUUUAUUUCCCUCUGGGUAGGAAUUGGAAGGAAAAACAAAAAACUCAGCAUUUCAAGGAUGGAAAAUAGAACUGAUAAAAGGAGGAGUCGCUGAAUUUAGGUAAAUUCAGACUUGGGACACUUUAUAUUUUUUGGUUAAUUUAAGUAACAAAAAAAAAAGAAAAAAAAAAAAAAGAAAAAACUUUUUUGUAACUGCACUUGAUUUACAAGAAAGAUGAGGGAAAUGAACAUCUACCAAAGAUGAUCUCUGAAAAAAAAAAAACAAAAAUAACAACAAAGUGUAACUCCUAAAAACAAAAAUAACCUAAAAAAAACCUAAAAACAAAAAAAAAUCAGUGUGAGAGGCAUUGACCAACCUCAGCUCAUGAUGUGCUGGGAGCUGGGCUGAUUGCAGUUGGACAGAGCUGGAGAAAUUCCUAAAAUUGGAAAAAUUCCUAAAAUUGGGGAGUUCCUAAAACUGAAAAAUUCCUGAAAUGGGAGAGUUCCUAAAAUUGAGGAGUUCUUAAAAUUGGAGAAAUUCCUAAAAUUGGAGGAGUUCCUAAAAUGGGAGAGAUCCUAAAAAGGGAGAGUUCCUAAAAUUGAAGAGUUCCUAAAAUUCAAGAAAUUCCUAAAAUUGGGGUGUCCUAAAAUUGGGAAAUUCCUAAAAAUUGGGGAGUUCCUAAAAUUGGAGAGCUCCUAAAAUUGAAGGAGUUCUUAAAAUUGAACAAUUCCUAAAAUUAAACAAUUCCUAAAAUUUGAGAAAUUUCUAAAAUUGAAGAGUUCCUAAAAUUGAACAGCUCCUAAAAUUCAAAAUUUCCUAAAAAUAAUUCUUUUAAGAAAAAAAUUGAAAAAAACUCAUUUUUAUCCCAGAAUAAAAUUUCCUCAAUCAGGAAUAACUCUGAGGUCAGCACCCCAAAUCCUGCCAGUGUUAAUUAAUUAUUAAUUGUUAAUUAUUAAUUAUCCAGUCUUCCUUCCCCCACCUGCACAGGUACUUGAAGCCCUGACAGAGGUUCCUGGGUUGGGUUUUUUUGGGUUUUAUUUUGUAUUUUUGUGGGGUUUUUUGGUGGUUUUUGUGGGGGUUUUU